AUGAUUACAGAACUCCGUGGAGACCUGGCUUGGCACAAGGCCGUUUGGCAAUUUGAGGAGCGGGGCUGGCAAUCAGCCGAUGUUUGCUUUUUUUGCCAAGCUCAGUCCAAAGGGCACGUUUGUCCGUAUACGAUGCUAGGGCCCGAAGCAGAUUGGGCACAAACCGAAUUCAAAGACCCUUGGCUUUGGGCUGGUGAAGUACUGCCAAACAGGCUUUGCCCUUGGUUGGGUCUGCCAGGGUUUUCGAUAGACACUGUCCGCAUGUGCACCAUGCACAACGUCAACCUUGGAUUGAUGCAAACGGCGAAUGGUAGCAGUUUGAUCAAUUUGAUUCAGAAUGGGCUGUACGGCGAUCCCACAGAUCCAAUGGAUCAGAACCUCAAGAGACUCUUUGCAGACUUUGAUGCCUGGUCCAAAGAGAACAAAGCAUACACUGGGCGUGUACUUUGCGCUUACUCUGCGGAAGUGUCCAAACUCGCGGCGGAGAAGCGAUUGGAUGUUGUAGGGCCACGGCGAAUUUUUGGCAAAUGGCUCAAAGACCAGGUUCAGAACGGCGGAUUGCAAAGCUAUUUGAAUGAUCCGAAGCUUCCGUUGCAGUCUGCUUGCAUGCCCGAUGUCCACAAGUACGCUCAGCAGACGGCCUCCUUCAAUGAACUCUGGAUCAUCGAUGUGGAUGCGCCAAUGAAGGAGUGCAAACUCAAGCUGGAACUCAUGGACUGGGACUCUGAUCUCAUCUAUGCUUCCAAGACCUUGGCCUUGGAGCCGCUGGUGACCGCGGCCUACUGGGCCAAGGUCUUGAAACGCCCCGAGCCCGGCGAGGUGGACCACCAGGCUUGGACGCCUCCGAGCUCCGAGCACUUCAUGGAGCCCAAGGGACGGGUGGACUUGAAGGAGCUCAUGGUGAGGCCGGUGAUGGCGUGGUCGCCACGCCGCGGCGCUUUGGUCGAUUGGGGGGUCUUCGAGUCCGUUUUAAGGCCGCACAAAGCCAUGCGGAUCAUGUUGGGCCCUCGUAAUCUGAAGGCCCUGGACAUGGAGGGGAUCUCACGAAGGGCCAUGGCUUCGUUUAUGUUCUUGACCUUUAUCAACAACAUGAAGCCUGGCUACGAGAGCCGAGUGGACACUACGUGGGAGGGGCCCAAGUUGAAAAAGGUUUGGGCGGAUAUGGAGCACAAGUGCUGGGAGACGUACUUGGAUGAAGCAAACGAUGAUUCCCAAGGAGUUCACCCGUACCAGAAGCUCAAGAAAGAGGCUAGCCAAUGUAAAGUGCUCAUCAAGGAGGACACUCGUCGAGAAAUUCUCCAAGACUGCACCCAGAGGAUCGUUGAUUUCGCCAAGGAGUGUGCAGCUGGGAGGCGGAAAGCCAUGAGUUCGGUUCCUGCCAGUGGCUCCUCAAGUCGGGAUUGA